AUGGUUUUAAAAGAUCCCAGAAGCCUGGGAGUUUCUUCAAGAGUGAGAGCCAUGUUGGUGGCUGGUUCCUAUUUUUGUGGCUGCAUCAGCUCAGUUCUUCAGACCAGGAUGACGUUUACUUUAUCUUUUUGUGCUUCUCGGGUUGUUGACCACUUUUACUGUGAUUCUCGCCCACUUCAGAGACUAUCUUGUUCUGACCUCUUUAUCCACAAAAUGGUAUCUUUUUUCUUAUCCAGCAUCAUUGUCUUGCCUACCGUCAUAGUCACUAUUGUUUCUUAUAUGUAUAUUGUGUCCACAGUUCUAAAGAUAUGCUCCACUGAGGGACGUAAGAAAGCCUUUUCCACUUGCAGCUCUCACCUGGGAGUCGUGAGUGUGCUGUACGGUGCUGUCUUUUUUAUGUAUCUCACUCCUGACAGAUUUCCUGAGCUGAGCAAAGUGGCCUCCUUAUGCUACUUCCUGGUCACUCCUAUGUUGAAUUCUUUGAUUUGCUCUCUGAGGAACAAAGAUGUCAAAGAAGCUUUGAGAAAGAUCCUGGAGAAAAAAUAUAUUUUUAUUUAA